CAGUGUCGAUUUUGUCCGCAGUGAAAAUAUUUUACAUUUUUACGAAAUCUGAACUAUAAAAUGAUCUUUGCCAGCAAAUUUAUAUCAAAUUCUAAAUGGUGUUGUAAAACGUGAAUCAAGUGUUUCUAUUAAAUAAUACUUUGAUGAUGAUGUAUAAGUAAGAGUUGAGGAAGUCAUGUCAGAGGAACAUGACGUCGAUUAUGACGAAAGUGAUAAACAAUCUGACGACAAAAAUGAGACUAGUGAUGAUGUUAAAAGAGACAUAGUAUCUGAUGAAAAUAGUGCCAAUACUUACAAAGAAUGUGUCGAGAGUGCCAUAAAUGAGAAGGAGGGGGUUGUUGAGAAAUGCGAUAUUAAGGAGGAUAGCGUUAAAAAACUCGAAUGGAGUGUAGAAGGUGCUGAAUUUAAAUUAUCAUGGACCUUACCGCAGGAAUCGACGACGACGGAGGACUACAUCGCUCUCUGUCACAAAGAGUCGGCGAGCUCCGCUGGCGUCGUCGGGCGCGUGCGCGUGCCGACCGGAUGCGCCACCGGCGACAUAAUGUGGCUUCUUGAUGAGCCCAAUCAACCUUAUGAAGACUGUGAGCAGCUACUCUGCUUCAGAUACUAUAAUGGUGAUGGUGAAGAAUGCGUGGCGGAAUCUCCAGCUUUACCGCCACGAUUUAAGGUUGAUCUUAAGAAAUUGCCUCUCCGACUCAAAGAAGGUAUCUCGAGGAAACGAAGUGGUGACCAAGUGUCACCAUUCUCAUACAACAAUGAAAGUUUUGAAAUGAACUCUGAAAAUCCUCCGCGAAUAGAGUUUGUGCCGGGCACUAGCCAAGAUAUCAAGCAUCUCAGCGAUAAUGUUAACAAAUGCUCAAUUAGUGCUUUAGAAAGUAACGGGAACAAUUUGAAUCUCGAUCAAACAAAAUGUGAUCAUAGUAAAUCUCUAGUUAGUAACGUAAGUAAGGAAUCUCAUUCUGUAAAUAAUGAAUCUCAAAGUGCAAUGGACUGUAUGCCAACUUCCUCCGGUGUCAAAAAGAAGUGUCCUCCUCCUGUCGACACAGGUAUGGGAAACACAUCUACUGGAAACAAAAAGAAAUCGAAAAUCGCAAAUAGUGGGUUUGAAUCACCUACUUCGCCAGGUACCGAGUAUUACAAAAUAUGGUCACCAAAAAAUCCAUGCAAGAUAAUGAAAUUUGUAUAUGAUGUCGAAGGUGCCAAUGUGCCAAGUGAUGCGGAAAAAUCGCCGGUACCCCCUCUGCCCCCGCGGCAGUCUCAUAAACCGCUGGAAAGAAUGCAUGCAUUGUCUCCGCCCCAGGUACCCCGACAUCGAAAGCCAAAAAAACUCACAAAGCCAGAAGAUGCGUUCACGUUUGAAUUAAUAGAUAUAGAUGAACAGUUUUUUACUGAUAAUAAUAUAACGAAUUCGGCUGUUUUACAGGCCGAUAUAAACGAUUUUAAACCAGGUGAAUUUUACUCUGGAAAGCAGGGAGCAAUAUCUUCAACUACGAGUUUUUGGAGAGGUGGGCCUAACGUUGCCCCUUUGGCAACACCAGAAACAGAUGGUAGCUUAUGUGAAUCGACUAUUUCUUCUAUGAAAUUGUCUAGGUUAAGUGAUGAAAGGAAAUUGAAAGAUGUACCUGAAGCCUCUUCUAGCAUUAGUAAAAGUAAUAUAAUGUUUAUAAAAGAUAUUGGACCUGACAAUUACAUUACGACGACGUUUGCCAGGAAAGAAAAAUCUAGUCCCCCGACUGAUAUAGUCGAUGGCGUUACCCUGACGCCAAAUCACGCAAAGUCUGAAGAAAAAGCUCAAAAUACUUUUUUGAAUGACAUAAGCAAUCAUUCCGAAUUUGAAGACGACAAUAGAAAUCAAAUUGAAGAAAAAGAAAUAACUAUACUUAAGAGUCAUAAACCGUUGACGAGGCAGAGUUCCGGGCGUGCUACACCCACGAUGAUGACAGCUUUUUUAAAUUCGUCGCAUAUUGAAACUCCUACAAGAAUAUUGGAUAAUAAUAGUUCCAACGCUCCUAGUUCUUGUAAUUCAUCGCAUUCCACAUCGCCUGUUGACGAUAGUAAUAGAGUUUUACCUAGUGUAGGGACAUUACUAAUGAAUCGAAAAUAUUCGAACGAUAGUUCGACUCCAAAACAUUCAAGUUUACCACGACAUUUGUUGAAGAACUUAGGAUGUGAUGGAACACCUAAACAUUCGCCCCUUAAAACUAUAAAUAAUAUGAAGAACAGUAUCGAGAGUCCGGCGCGUCCUCAUCCGAGAGUGUUGACUCGCGUGGCAGCGUUAGCCGGUACUGCAGUGCCACAGUGCCCUCCUACGCCCACUCACCACGCAAGACGACCACGGCCCAUGCCUCCUCAAGACCUCCAUCCUCCACCGAUAAAUGCUGAGAAUAGGCCACAUGAAAACUUUGAAAUGGUAGAAUUCACUAACGAAUUGAGGACUUCGGAGAUCAGAUCGCCGAACCUUGAGUUUGUAAAUAGUAACCAUUUCACGAUCGUUCACGCUGGGCCCCCGGAAGAUGUAGUUUUGCGGAGGCCUCGUCCCGUGGAUGAUAAUGAUGACAACGACAACGCUGUAGCCUCGCCAACUCCUUUGAGACAUAUGGCUGGAAUAAGGCUUCCUUCUAUACCUGAAAGAGCAUCGAGGCAAAUGGCUUUAACAGGAGAUUUUCCUGCAAAUAUGAUUGGCGGGAUUAUUGAAUGUGAAGAGCCAUUACCAGCAGGUUGGGAGGCACGUAUGGACAGUCACGGGCGAGUUUUCUACAUCGAUCACAUCAAUAGGACGACCACAUGGCAAAGGCCCGGGGUCAACGGGACCACUCCUAGAUCACCGGCUCCGGAAGUACAGAGGCGGCAGCUAGAUCGAAGGUACCAAUCGAUCCGGCGCACAAUGACCCGCACUCAACUCGCCGAAGAGGAGAGUGCGUGCGCGUCGCCGCCGCCGGCGCUGGCGGGCUCGUCGCACGCCGCGCCGCCCGCGCCGCACCCCGCCGCUGAGUUCCUGGCGAGGCCCGACUUCUACUCCAUACUGCAUAUGAACCAGGAAGCGUCAUCUCUAUACAAUGGUAACUCCACCCUCAAGCACAUGAUAUCUAAGAUCCGGAGGGACACGUCGUCGUUUGAGCGGUACCAACACAACAGAGAUCUGGUCGCCCUUGUCAACAUGUUCAGUGAGACUGAGAGAGAGUUGCCUUUAGGAUGGGACACCAAAUUGGACAGAAAUGGCAAGCGGUUCUUCGUGGACCACGUGAUGAGGCGCACCACGUUCAUAGACCCGCGGGUGCCGCGCGCGCCGGCCGCCGGCCCGUUCUCCCCGCUGCUGCCCCAGCGGCGGCGGCCCGCCGUCCUCGAUCAGGCCCCGACACCGCCACCGCGGCCGCCGCUCACCACGUCGGAUGCGCACGCGCACAACACACCAAAUGAGAUACCUGUCGCGUAUAACGACAAGGUGGUAGCCUUCCUCCGGCAGCCGAACAUAAUGUCAAUACUGCGCGAGCGCUGCGGCGGCUGCGGCGGCGCGCUGCGGGACAAGGUGAACGCGGUGCGCGUGGAGGGCGCGCACGCGUUGGCGCGCUACCAGAACGAUGUCCAACUCACGUGUACCCUCAGCCUCUUCGAGCAGGAGAUAAUGAGUUACGUGCCGGCGGGCGGGUGCUCGGCGUCCAGCCUGGGUGCUUCGCCCGCCGCGUCGCCGGCCGCCGCCCGCAGCACCCGCGCGCCUGCGCCCCAGCGGAGGGACUUCGAGGCUAAGCUGCGAGCGUUCUAUAGGAAGCUAGAGAGCAAAGGAUAUGGCCAAGGCCCUGGAAAAUUAAAGCUCCACAUCAGACGCGAGCAUCUUCUCGAAGACGCUUUCAGACGCAUCAUGUCGUGUGGCAAGAAGGAGCUUCAGAAGGGCAAGCUCUGCGUGCUGUGGGACGGCGAGGAGGGGCUGGACUACGGCGGGCCUAGUCGGGAGUUCUUCUUCCUCUUGUCCAGGGAACUGUUCAACCCGUACUAUGGCCUGUUCGAGUACAGCGCGAACGAUACGUACACGGUGCACGUGUCGCCGAUGUCAGCAUUCGUUGAUAAUCAUCAUGAAUGGUUCAGAUUCUCCGGGCGCGUGCUGGGGCUCGCGCUGGUGCACGGCUACCUGCUGGAGGCGUGGUUCACGCGCGCGCUGUACCGCGCGCUGCUGCGCCUGCCGCCCGCGCUCGAGGACGUGGACGCGCUGGACGCGCAGUUCGCCGCCUCCUUGCGCUGGUUGCAGAGUGCCCGCUGCGUGUCUUCGCUGGAACUAACAUUCGCAGUGUCAGAACGCUUAGCGGACGGUCGUGUUCUUGACAGGGAAUUGAAACCGGGAGGCCGAGAUUUGGCUGUGACGGAGCGCAACAAGAAGGAGUACCUGGAGAGAGUGGUGCGCUGGAGGGUGGAGAGAGGGGUCGCCGAGCAGACGGAGUGGCUCGUGCGCGGGUUCCAUGAGGUAGUGGACCCUCGCCUGGUGGCGGCCUUCGACGCUAGAGAAUUGGAGUUGGUGAUAGCGGGCGCUCCGGAGUUGGACGUGGCGGACUGGCGGAACAACACGGAGUACCGCGGCGGGUACCACGACGCUCAUCCGGUCAUCGUGUGGUUCUGGCAGGCUAUCGAUAGGUUUAGCAACGAGCAACGUCUCCGACUAGUCCAGUUCGUGACGGGCACCUCAUCGAUCCCGUACGAAGGUUUCUCAGCGCUGCGGGGCUCCACCGGCCCGCGGCGCUUCUGCAUCGAGCGCUGGGGACGCGUCGAGUCGCUCCCCAGGGCACACACGUGCUUCAACCGCCUCGACUUACCGCCCUACCCCACCCCACAACUUCUACACGAGAAGUUGCUACUAGCUGUUGAAGAAACCAACACGUUUGGCAUCGAAUAAUGAACUACGCGACCCUUUAGAAAUCAUCUGCUUUGGAAACUUCUAGAGGAACGUUUAAGCCGAAACUUCGAUAAUUAAUUUGCCUUGAUACUCAAGAGUAUGAGUAGAAUGAAGUAUCUAAACCUACUAAUUGAAACCAGCUAAAAUGGGGGAAGAAACAGUUGCACUUUUAUUUGUUAUCGACUAUAAAAGAUAGCAAUAUUAGACCACUUUGAUGGCUGAUAAAGGUUAUAAUAAUGGAAGUCUUAACGCGCCGUUUAUUAUUAGUACUGUAUAACUGUGAAAGUUUCAAUUGUACCGAUAACAAUUAUCUAUAAGGUCAUUGUUCUAUAGAUGCGUAUUCAAAAUGCACUGGCCGGUGUAAAUAAUCGUGAUUAAUUCUGUUGUCAAUGUAAAUAAUAGUCAAUUGAUAGCGUAGAAGGGGAAACAAAGAUAGAUGUAAUAUUAUAGUUAGGAGAACAAUAAGUGUAUUUAGAUGUGCCUCUACUAAAUUACUGUUUACCUAGUAGCCACUUCCUAUGUAUGAGGUUUGUACUUUAUUAACGCUUUUAUUGUAAUUGAAGUAUAUUGUGGCUGUGAAACGGGAUUCGAAUCCCAUGUUUAUUAGAUAGUACGCUUUACGUCACUAAUUUAUGUAAUGUAACCUUUUGACAACUAGAUAUGAUAUAUACAACAUAUUGAAUAAGUUUAUCUCGCUACUAGGAACUGUAUUGUUAACUUAAAAUGUAAUGAAAUCAAGACUAUAUUUAUUUGUUUAAUUAAAAACGAUAUGAAAAUAUUUCCGAUCAAAAACAGUAUUAUUGGUUAUUCAUUAUUGCUGGACAUGCUAAACAACUAUUUUCAACAAUAUUUGUAGGUUGAUGCUACGCCUCAUCUGCUAUCAAGCUGAUCUAUUAAAAUCUAAUUUAUACUAUAAUUGCGACCAGUUAUUCUGGAAAACUGGUUUUAUUACCACCAGUAUUAUCUUCCAUUUGUAUUUCUAAGUACUAGAAGAGAACCUCUUAUACAAAGUUCGCCACUAAUUUAUUGUGAUUCUAAUUAUACACUCACAUAGUUAACGAGCCUGUAAAUAUCACUUAUAGUUGUCCAGGUGCUUUGUCCAUAUCAUUUGACUUUCUAGAUUUUGUUUGCCAAAAAUUCAGUAAAAAAGAAUUUAUACCCUAUUGGAAAUAAAGGUAGGUACAACAUAUACCUUUUACAAAUGCUAGAUAUGAACUAGCACCUACAGACAAAUUACCUUUCUACCUAGGUAUUUAACUUUUAUUUUCGUACUGUAAAUACAUUAUUUAUUGCAUAUUCAUACUGACAUGUUUAUUUUUGUAAGUAAUAUAGUUCUAUUAUGUUGAAUAUUUAAUAAAUUUGUGUAUUAUUAUUAUUGUGUAAAUUUUAAAUUGUUUUGUGCGAGUGAUGAAAUGUGUCAAUAUACAUUAUUACUUACAAAUACACUGUGGUUUUAUUUAUUCAAAUGCUGGUUACAGCAUGAAAGAAAUUUGAUACAACCUAAUUCUCCCCAAAUGCUGGCCAGCUAAGACUACAUUAUUAUCAGGGGGAGGCACCCAUGAUAUACUACGAAACUUCUAUGAAAAGAGGUUAAGUAAAUAUAUUAAGAAAAUAAUGAAGAAUGAUUCACACUUACAAAAUGUUUAUUUUCAGAAGUUUGUGUAACAACAAAACAAAAUCAACUUUGUUAAGACCUUAUCGUUUAAACAUAUAUAACUAUUUACAGUUCCCAAAGUCUGAAUUUGUCAACACAAACUCAUGAUAUAAAAUGCAACAAGUGUUACCUUUCACAAAUGUUCUACACUAAGUUGUGACGGAGUUAGUUCAUUAAAGUUUGUCACAGUCUGUAAGUUAAAAACCUUACUAGAGUUAAUCAUAAGCUGAUGUGAUUACAAUAUCAUAAAAGCUACGGUCAUAUUCGUAUGCAUUAUUGUAGCUGUUUAUCAGAAUAAAAACUUAAAAAUAUAUCCUCCCCCUCAGGCAAAAUCCUACAUGACACAAGGACAGCGAACCCCAUAUCACACGAAUAACUGAAAGCAAACCCUUUGAUUUGCAGAUAAGAUGAUACCAACAUUAAAACUGACAAAAAUCAAUUUAAUAUAAUACACACUUGUGUAAAUAUUUUGUAUAUUUACUUCAAAAAUAACGGUACAUACAAUAUUUAAUUUGUAUUUCUAUCAUACUUUCAAAAGGGAGAUGAGCGAUGGCUCCAUGAGUUGUUUAUCCAAGAGAGGGAAAAUCUUUGUUGUCAUCCACCUUGGGAGGUGCGACCUGCUGACGGGGCUGCGGGCGUUCCUCCACAGGCAUCUCCUCGCGAGGCGGGCCUCCUACUCUGCCGCCUCGGCCUCCGCGCCCGCGACCGCGACCACGUGUACCUGUGCCUCCGCGACGAGCAGUAUCGUUAAAUGUGAACUCGAUUCCGAGCACACGCUUCUGACGACCAACCCUCUGUGGGAAGUCGGCAAUGUCAUAUUCCUCAUCAGAGUCAUCAUCUUCACCUCCUUCUUUCUUCUUCUCCAGCAUAACCAAAUUCUUCCACUGACUGAGAUCUUCACCUUCCCCAGCCUUGCGUAGGUUAUAUUGAGGUGCAGUACGCUGGGCGUUCCGCAGAGCCUUAUACUCGUCCAGCGUCAACUCACGCGGUUCCUCCUCAGCGGGAGCGGCACGUUCAGCCUCCGGCUGCUGCUGUCCAUCGCCAGCGCCAGCCGCAUCGCCCACCUUCUCCUCUACCACCUCACCUUCGGAGCCAGUUUUGUUCAACUCGUCGAUAUCAUCUUUCAGCGUCCCCCAGUUGUGAGAGCCGCCACCGUCGCGCUUGUCCACCGGUUUCACGCCAGUCUUGUCGGAGCCGGAUCUCCUGUCGAAUUCUCGCUUCCCACGGUUGUCGUAGCCUGGACGCGGCCCGCGCUGUCCAUCCCGGGGUUCACGCGGCGGUCUUGGUCCCCGACGCUCGGCUCCAUCAGGAUUAUCGCUGAAAUUGCGCCGCUCGUAAUUAGGCCUGCGGUCGCUGAACUCACGCCUCGGGGGUCUCGGGGCACCAUCCUUGUUCUCGGCGGAUCCGUUUUGAGGCCGAUCCUCACGACGCCGCGGAGGCGGACGUUCAGAGUUUCUCUCGUUAGGUCGAGCAGGACCCUUGCCCUUUUGUUGUUCGCCAUUCUUAUUUUCUUGUGAUUUCACAUUUUGCGUUUCCUUGAUACCUUUCCUGGCAGUAGUAAUGCCAGCCUUAGGUUUUGUUUCAGGCUUGCCUUUGUUCUCCUUUUCGGCAUCUUUGGUCUUCUUUUUCUGCUCUUUAGCCUGCUCUCGCGCUUUUAACGCAUCAAGAGGAUCGGA